UCUAAUGUCACUUCCGGUACUUCCAGGCGGGGAAUUUUGAAACUUUUGAGGACUGACGAGUUAAAUCAAAAAUGAACUGCUCUCAAGUUAUUCAAUCGUAGUUUUGCAUUAGUUCUUUGUUGCUUAGUUAGCUUGUGCGAUAUAUGUAUUUGCUAAUUAAUUACUAAUUUGUUUUACUAAUUUCUCAAGUUAGCUAGCUUGUUGUCGAUAGCUACUAGCCAGAUAACGUUAAUGUGUAUUAUUGCUAGCUAAUCACCCACCGAAUUCAUGUAUUAACGUUAGUAAAUAAAUUGGACAGACGGCAAGGAUGAGCAACGAAACACAUCAAUCCUUUUUGGCUGACUCCGUUAGACAGCUAGCUAUAUGCAUCAAUCUCAAAUCAAUGGCGAAGAUGGACAGUACAAUUAUGGAAACAGAUGGUCGUCUUCAUAUUGAGGCAUACAGCUGGAUCUUCACAACAUCUCGACAAUAUUCUACCAGCCAGCCACGAAGGAGGUCAGCGCGGUUGACCUCUCCAAAUCAAAAUGUCCCCAACUCUGCUCCUACAGACACUGUGAAACGCAGCAUAACUGUGAGGAAAAUUGCACCCAGGAAAACACAAUUCAAUGUACCCUCUGAGGACAACAAAGAAAAUGAACAAAGAUUGUCUGAAGGCAGUCUGAAGAAGGCCAAAAUUUCUAUCCCAGGAACUGCCCAGGUUCCUCCACCAAAAGCCACCAUGCUCUCCCCGAUCUUGGCCCCCUAUCCCCAGGCUGCAGGGAACCCUGAGGACUCAGCAUGGUCACAGAAGGUUCGUCGGUCCUACAGCCGCCUAAGCCUAGGGGACCGUUCGUUUGAGCAUCCCCAAGGCCAGGACGUGUCCUCCCCAUCUCUGCGUCGGGAGACCCUGUUUGGGUUUGAGAAGCUUCAGACACCCCAGGUUCUCCGCAAGGUGGAGCAGUCCAGGGUGGGCUCUGAGGCCUCCAAGUCAUUCUGUGGGGUCAGCUCCUUCACCCUGAUAGAAGGGGAUGACAGUGCUGCUCCUGAGCCAGAUGUCAACAUUCCUGGAGUUGCUGUGGUAAAGGAGAAGAGGAGGAGGAAGAAGGUUCCUCAAAUAAAACUGGCAGAGUUGGACGACCUUGCUGCAAAGAUGAAUGCAGAGUUUGAAGAGGCGGAAGGAUUUGAUUUGGUGGUGGAAUAAACUCAUAGGUCAACCUCAGACUUUGACAUGUAACUAGAAAUCCUUUUUGCCAAGAUUGGAGAAAGUAAACUUUUACACUUCUAUGAUUGCAUUUCAAAGGUGAUGAGUUGAUAUUUGCAUAAAUAUGGCACCUAUGGGAACAACAAACAGGAUUAAUUUACAAUACAGAUGUAGAUGUAGGCUUUUUCAAUGUUCUAAAUGUGAGAUUGUUUAAAAAAAUUGACUUAAUUACGAGUUGUGUAAUCUUAAAACCAGUUUCUAUCUAUCUUCCUGUCACUUUGAUAGGUUAAUAUUUAUUUUCUUUUUGAGAUGACAACUUCAUUAUGUCACAGGGCCAUUAUCUUGUGUUGAAGAGCACCCUUUUUAUAUUUUAAAUCAUUGUAAAUUGGAUUACAGACAUCAGGUGUGUUAUAACUUGUAAGAUUUAUUUACAAAGCAUUUCCUGUGAUGUUGAGAUUACAGCUGUUUGCUUUUUACUUUGUUAUUUUCCUCAGUGUUAGAAUUUGGGACAGAAGAUGUCCAAACUAAGAAUCUUUAUCAUGCCAGAUUGUCAUGUCCUACUAUGAUUUCAGAACUUGUGUUUUGGGAUUUGAUUGAAGCCUGCAUGUCAUGCAUUCCCUUAUCACAUUUGUUCUCUAGAGGGUGCUCUCACCUUCUCAUUGUGGAAGCCAUCACUGUUUUUACAUAUAAAAUAUUAGUUUAAAUGUAAUUAUUUAUUCCUCUCAUAUACAGUUGAAGUUGGAAGUUUACAUACACCUUAGCCAAAUACAUUUAAACUCAGUUUUCCACAAUUCCUGACCUUUAAUACCUUGUAGAGAUUAACGUGGUACCUUCAGGCAUUUGGAAAUUGCUGCCAAGGGUGAACCAGACUUGUGGAGGUCUACAAAAAAAAUUCGGAGUUUUUGACUGAGAUUUCUUUUGAUUUUCCCAUGAUGUCAAGCAAAGACGCACUGAGUUUGAAGGUAGGCCUUGAAAUACAUCCACAGGUACACCUCUAAUUGACUCAUUAUGUCAAUUAGCCUAUCAGAAGCUUCUAAAGCCAUGACAUUUUCUGGAAGUUUCCAAGCUGUUUAAAGGCACAUUUAACGUAGUGUGUCAAUUUUAAGACCCACUGGAAUUGUGAUACAGUGAAAUAAUCUGUAAACAAUUGUUGGGAAAAUUACUUGUGUCAUGCACAAAGUAGAUGUCCUAACUGACUUGCCAAAACUAUAGUUUAGCCAGCAGCAUACCACCCUGCAUACCACUGCUGGCUUGCUUCUGAAGCUAAGCAGGGUUGGUCCCUGGAUGGGACACCAGAUGCUGCUGGAAUUGGUGUUGGAGGGCCAGUAGGAGGCACGCUUUCCUCUCGUCUAAAAAAAAAAAUAUUCCAAUGUGCCCUGUGUAGGGUGCCGUCUUUCGGAUGGGGUGUUAAACGGGUGUCCUGACUCUCUGAGGUCAUUAAAGAUCCCAUGGCACUUAUUGUGAGAGUAGGGGUGUUAACCCCUGUGUCCUAGCUAAAUUCCCAAUCUGUCCCUCAAACCAUCAUGAUUUGAUUUGAUGGUCACCUAAUAAUCCCCAGUAAACAAUUGGCUCAUUCGUCUCCCCUGUAACUAUUCCCCAGGUCGUUGCUGCAAAUGAGAAUGUGUUCUCAGUCAAUUUACCUGGUAAAAUAACAGAUUAAAAUAAAAAAUAGUUUGUUAACAACAAAUUUGUGGAGUGGUUGAAAAAUGAGUUUUAAUGACACCAACCUAAGUGUGUGUAAACUUCUGACUUCAACUGUAUGAUGGUUUAGAUUUGAGUGAUUUAAGACUUUAUCUGAUCAAAUUUAUUAUCAGAUUUAACACUUCUUAUUGGCUGUCUUCUCCAUGACUGACUCCAGUAUAUUGCAUUUUUGUUGUUGUAAGGACUCGCUUAUAGUGGUUGCUUUUUUUUGUAAAUUUCUGUUUCAUGAAUAUAAUAAAUAGUUUGAGCUAUA